AUGGACUUGAAGCUGGACAUCAAUACGGACAUCUAUCCCAUAUCGGUGGGCGAGAAGCUGUCAAUGGCGCUGGCUGACACGCUGAAGCUGGAUGGCAGUGCGACUUCUGCGUUGUAUGAGCCACAACAAUUUUUUGCGGGCACGAAGAAUUUGAUGGACAAGUACGAGUGCGUGAUGUACGGCAAGAUUUUCAAAAUGAGGGAUGGAGACGAGGGCAAGACUGACGUGUAUGCGUCGUUUGGGGGCCUCUUGAUGCUGCUAUCGGGCGACCCCCAGAAGCUGGCAGGUCUGGAGGUCGAUGAGAAUGUGUACCUCUUGCUCAGGAAAGUGUGA